AUGAUCUCCUUGCUCCCUCGAGCAAGGAUCUGGAAUGUAGAGGGACGGGCGCAAGGCACGAACCUGGGCAAUGGGAGGUUCCAGUUCGAUUUCGAUAAGGAGGAGGAUCUCAAUAUGGUACUCAAUAAACACAUGUGCCAUAUAAAUCAAUGGAUUUUCGCUUUGGAGAGGUCGGAGCCUUUCACUAGUGAAAACUUCCCAAACACAAUUCCCUUUUGGAUUAAGGUGACAGGAGUUCCUGUACAUUUUUGGAAUGACAAGACUUUCAAAGAAAUCUCCAAAGCCCUGGGGAGGAUAAUGGCUCUAGACGCAAAGAACGCUCAUCUCCAAGUCUCUGUUGAUGCUGACAAGCCACUCCAAUUCAACAGAAGAAUUGGCUUCCCAAACGGUGACAUUGGAAAGGUCUGGAGACCCCGUAGCCCUUCAAAGGAAAUCUCUAAAGAACAUCUUGGUAUGACUGAUAAAGAUGUGCAGAGGGACUCCCCCCGGAGAAAAGCGGACUCGCAACUAAUUGUAUCAGAGCUGCCAACGAUGAGAAACCAUCCCACCGGCCACGAAAAUGAGCCCAUAAAUGGAGUUCUAAUUGUGCAUCAGAACGAGUCUUCAGAGGAGCACCUACGUCGACUCAAAGGAAAGGCCAUUAUGACAAGACAACCAAGCAAACACACCAACCUCGUUAGCAAAGGGCCACACUAUCCCUGGGUAACAAGGUAG